GGAUUUUCGCGAUGGUUCGGUCCCACGCCAGGAACAACACGACCCAAGCCAAUUUGACAUACUAUGAACGCUCACUACUACGUCAACCCAACGCUGCCAAGCGGAUCGGUGGUGAAUCGUUCAAACCUUUAGACUCGUGCAAUCUCUGUUUGUCCACGGUGACGGACCCGGUGGCAUGUGGGAAAGGGCAUGUGUACUGUCGAGAGUGUGCUAUCGGGAAUUUGAUUUCUCAGAAAGCAGGAAUCGAAGUUCAAAAGAGGGAGCUGGAACGAUUGGCUCUGUUGGAGGAAAAGGAGAGAGAAGAAGCUAGAGCAAAAGCAAGAGCGAGGGUGGUGGCCGAUUUCGAAAGAGGCAUGGGCCUGGGUGUGGGUGCGAAUGCUAUUGGCUCAGGUAUCGGUUCAAGCUCCAACAAGACGAAUGAUGGCGUCAAAGCUGGAACAACUGGACGGUUCACAUUCAAUCAAUCCGCCAUGGAGGACGCUUCGCUCAAAGCUGAAGAGAAAGCUUUGGCAAAGAUCGAAGCGGAAUUGGCUGAAUCUCGUAAAGCAAAAUUACCAGCUUAUUGGUUACCUUCCAUGGCUCCAGAGGCUAAAGCUCCAGCAUUGAAGGAUAUAAAGUUACAGACGGUGUGUCAAGUGGGAAAAGAUGGACCUCAUCCAAUGGCCCGGAAAACACUACUACCCGUGAUCCUCACGUAUCCCCCCGCCUCCACUUCGAAACCGAUCUGUCCAUCCUGUACGAAAGAACUUUCCAACUCUACUUCUUCGAUCCUCCUUAAAUCCACUUUACCACCAGCAUCGUCCGCAUCUGUCGCUCUCGAUUCACAUCAAGAGGAUGGACCCAAGAAGAAAAAGUCGAAAAAGGAAAAGGGAAAGGAAGAGCAAGUCUGCGGUCAUGUCAUCUGUAAGACCUGCGCCGAUACAAUCGUCAAACCUACUCGACGGUGUCCUGUAUGUGAAGCUACGAUCGGAUCGGCCGACAUGGUUCCGUUAGGCAAGGAAGGUACUGGAUUUGCAGCUGCUGGUGGAGCAGAGGUCAAAAAAGAUACAGUGGUGUUCCGAGUCUGAGAAGAAAACAGUCUGUUUUAUCGCUUAGACGUCUUGGGCAGUUCGGGGUAUUGCUAGCCGCGUCUGGAUAGCAUUCACAGCUGCUGAAUCUCGGACGCCUCACAACGCAGCCUAGGCACAAAUGGCUACAUCUAGUCUAGGGUCGUUGUGAGGUCCCGUCGGCAUGUCGACGCCAAGCAGACCGAUAUGCAUAGUUCAGCUAGUGAUG